AAUCGAGGGCUUUCUUCUACUAGCCCCGCCCACCGCGUAUACUGCGCUCCAAUUGGCCAAGACGCGGCAUGAUAAAUAUUCAUGAGGCCAGCAAGCUGCUGUGCGCUCGAGCAGCUGCCUGCCUGCUGUCCGUUUGAGCGAGAGAACACGCCACAGUGAGAGAAAGGAGGAGAGGAGAGAGGGAGAAAAAGAGGAGGAAAGAGAGAACAGAGAGACACGGAAGAAUAGGAGUAGAACGGAGAGUGAGGGAGAGGAGGCCCGGGGAAGGAUUACAGCCAUGACAGAGGCGAGUUUGCGGGACUGGAUAUGAAAUUGGGCAGCCAUGGCCAUGUCUCUGAGCGCGGACGACGAGGAUUACGACUCGGAUACAGGAGAGCAGCAACGGCCAGCGAACCGACCUAAACCCAAGAUGGCGGCUCCGGCCACCCCAGCCGCAGCUACGUCUUCAGCAUCGUCCACCCCGGCGGCAGUAAAGCUGCCGUCCAAUCGCAGCUCGUCAGGGGCACGGCGGCGGAGGACGCGGUGCAGGAAAUGUGAAGCGUGUGUGCGGACUGAGUGUGGAGAAUGUCACUUCUGUAAAGACAUGAAGAAAUUCGGGGGACCAGGACGCAUGAAGCAGUCCUGCAUAAUGAGGCAAUGUAUUGCUCCCGUGUUGCCCCAUACAGCAGUGUGUGUGGUGUGUGGAGAGGCAGGAAAGGAGGACACGCUGGAUGAUGAGGAGGAAAAGUUUAACGCCAUGCUGAUGGAGUGCUCCAUCUGCAACGAAAUCGUCCACCCUAACUGUCUGAAGGUGAAGGACGCAGCAGGAGUCGUUAAUGACGAACUGCCCAACUGCUGGGAAUGCCCCAAGUGCAACUACGCCGGCAAGACUGGGAAAGCCUGUAAGCAAAAACGUGGUCCAGGAUUCAAGUACGCGUCCAACCUGCCGGGGUCACUGCUACGGGAACAGAAGGCCAGUCGUGACCCACGGGAGGAGGUGGACCCCGCUGCAGUCCGGAGGAAAAGCGAGAGAGACGAGACCCCCAGACUGACAGUUGAUGACCUGUCCACCCGCCUGCCCCCACUACUGACCCCCAGAGAGCUGCCUAGGCCACGGCCGGACAUACCAAACUUCCUCAGGAAGAAGAAGAAACUGUUCGAUGAUGACGAGGAGGAAGAAGCUAGUGCUAAAAAGAAGCUGAAGAAACCAUGGAAGUCAGAAGAUCCCUUAACUCCUAAACUUGCACAGAUGAAGACUGAGGAAGAGGAAACAUCUGAGCAGGAGGAAGAGCGGGAGGAGGACAGUAAACCUCCUCGGCUUUCUGUUAAGAAAGAGACAGGUUUGGGAAGGAGGCAGCAGGAGGAGCAGGAGCGAGAGGAUGAGGAGGAAGAUGAAGAUGGAGGAGUGCGGAGGGCUCGUGAGCGAAGCCCCACUCUGAAGAGCCUCUCUGCAUCGGUAGAGAGCGAUGCAUCCCGCUGCAGCUCACCCAGAGCUGGACCCAGCAGUGAGGGCAGUGAGACCCAGGAGAGAGUGCCCAGGGCCCGGGCACGGAAGACCCGCCGCAGGCCACAAAGCCAGCAGCUCAGCGCUGAACUCAGCAAGCAGCUAAACCAGGAGAUCCGCCGGACAGAACAUUCACUCGCCAACGAGAACCAGCAGCCGCUCAAGAGUGAGCCAGAGGACAGCGAGAACGAGGAGCCCAAGAGAAACUUCCGAAACGGAACGAUAGGGGGUGACCUUGGGGGAGACCGAACACACCUUCGGUCUAACCUGAGAGCGAGAGAGAUGAAUGGGACGGCCUGGGAGCUUCGCCACUUCUACCCAGCUCAGAUAACUCCGCUCGGCUUCAACCGCAGCGCCCCCAUCCUGCGGCCACCGCCCACCAGGUCCCCACCUAAGUGUGUGCAAAUGGAGCGCCACGUCAUCCGCCCGCCGCCCAUCUGCCCUCCGCCUGAUAGGCUGCCACUGGUUGAUGGGAGAAGCCACAUGCUGCAGAGAGAAGCCUGGUUGGCCGUCUUCAGCCACCUAAGCCAUCGUGAGCUGUGUGUGUGUAUGAGGGUCUGCAGGACCUGGAAUCGCUGGUGCUGUGAUAAGCGUCUGUGGACUAAAAUUGACCUUAGCCGCUGUAAGUCGAUCACUCCACUGAUGCUAAGUGGAAUAAUCCGCAGGCAGCCGAUCACGCUGGACCUCAGCUGGACCAACAUCUCCAAAAAGCAGCUCAGCUGGCUCAUCAACAGACUACCUGGUUUGCGGGUGUUGCUUCUAUCUGGUUGUUCGUGGGCAGCGGUCUCAGCUCUCUGUACCUCCUCCUGCCCGCUGCUCCGUACGCUUGACCUGCAGUGGGUGGAGGGCCUUAAGGACCCACAAAUGAGGGACCUACUAUCACCACCUACAGACAACAGACCAGGUCAGAUGGACACGCGCAGUAAACUGCGGAACGUUCUGGAACUGCGUCUGGCUGGUCUGGAUGUUACAGACAGCUCUCUGCGGCUCAUCAUUAAGAACAUGCCCCUACUGGCCCGGCUAGACCUUAGCUACUGCAACCACAUCAACGACCAGUCCGUCAACCUGCUAACCGCAGCAGGAACAACAACCCGCGACUCGCUAACUGACAUCAACCUGUCAGUGUGUAACCGGGUGACGGAUCAGUCUCUGAGCUACUUUAAGCGCUGUGGGAGCAUCUGCUGGAUCGAUCUGCGCUUCUGUAAGCAGGUUAGCCGGCAGGCCUGCGAGCGUUUCAUCGCAGAGAUGUCCGUCAGUGUCUCAUUCGGACUGAAGGAGGACAAACUGCUGCAGAAACUCUGUUAACCCCGACACACACGCUCACACACACGGACACAUACAGACAGAAGUACACAGUGAGAUGCGUGUGUGAGGUGUACUCGCGUGGAUUGGAGCUGGACUGGAUUUACUGGAGCACUCAAACAGAUCUGUGGAUUUUUUCUUUUUUUUUCUUUUUCCCACCAUAAUUUCCUCUGUUCUGAUUGGAUGAGCUGAGAUGGACGGACACUAACCAGCAAAUAAAAAUACUGAAUGGAAAAAUACUGUGUUUGGAUGCUUUCACAGGUUUGGCUGUAUGAUACAGUAUUGGAUGUGUUUAAAAAGUGAAAAAUAAAUUGUUACUGGCACAUAUAUGUACAAACACACUCCAACACCAAGCGAAAGCACAUUAUUAUUAUUAAUAUUAUUAUUAUUACUAUGUGUUAUUUCUGUUCAGUCCUGAUGAGUCUGUGGGUUUUUUUUUAUAUAAUUGAAUUUUUAAAUAUAUUUGUCUGAAUGGGUUUCUGUGUGCUCAGUAUUGAUUACUACAUUCUGGUCAGCUAUCUAUUUUUAUUAAUUUUUUUAAAAAUUAUUUACAGUGCCAUAUUCUCUCUGUUUCAUUCAGAGUUCAUCCUUGAGUUAAACACAUGGCUGUGGAUUCAACCUGAAGGUGUGGAGACAUGUUCUGGAGUGUGUUUUCUUAGGAAUUAUUGUCCCUGAAACUAAAACAGGACAUUAAAUAUCAUUAAGUUGCUCCACUAGUUAUAUAAAGCAAUACUUUGGCCAAUUUACCAGUGGUUAGCACAAAUUUGCUAAGUCAUGUUUGGUGUCUGAAGGUUGUUCUUAAGGUUUACAAGUGCUUAAAAUAAAUGUGCUACAAAAGGUGUUUUAAGCAGUACCAUGAAGAAUACUCUAGAAGUUUGACCUUCGUAUCCACUGCCUUUUUUCUCUUUUUUUUUUUAAAUGGUUGUUUAUGGAACAAAAGUGGUUCUUUUAUGGCAUCACUUAAAAACCCUUUGUAGCACCUUUUAUUUUUAGGAGUGCACAGAUAACAAUGCACAGCAAAUAAGAGUUUCUUUGAUUUUACUAAAUUGAAAACCUCUGAAUGUAAUUAAGAGGAAGAUUGAUGAUCACAAGCCAUCAAACCAAGCAACCUUAAAUUGUUGCACCAGGAGUGGCAUAAAGUUAUCCAAAAGCAAUGUGUAAGACUGGUGAAAGAAAACGUGAAGAUGCAUGAAAACUGUGAUAAAACCAGGGUUAUUCCACCAAAUAUUGAUUUCUGAACUCCUCAAACUUUAUGAACUUUAUGAGCUUUUUUUGUAUUAUUUGAGGUCUGCAUCUUUUUUGUUAUUUCAGCCAUUUCUCAUUUUCUGCACAAGUGCUCUAAAUGACAAUAUUUAUUUUGAAAUUUGGGAGAAAGGCUGUCUGUAGUUUAUAGAAUAAAAUAACAAUGUUCAUUUUACUCAAACAUAUACCUAUAAAGAGCAAAAUCAGAGAAACUAAUUCAGAAAUUGAAGUGGUCUCUUAAUUUUUUCCAGAGCUGUACUUGCAGUAAUUUAUAAUACUAAUGUUAUGGGUUGGAACAGAAAUAAACCAGCAAAUAAGCAGUGAAUAAAACCGUUUUAUAUCAGUUCUGUCCUGUACCCACCACACACACACAGAAUUGCUACAGGAUUUAUCACAAUAAGGAUCGAUGAGUCAUUGCAUCACUUUAAUGGUGUGUCAAUAUAAAGAAGUGAGAACAUCAGACACCAAACAUGCCAAGUGAUUAAUGUGAGGUAGUACAUUCAUAAAAUAGAUUUUCAACCCAAUUAUCACUGUUCUUUGUAAUUAGUAAUCAGAAACGUAAACAGACGUGGCUGAAUCUCAGUACAAUAAUUGUCUCCAUGUACAUAACACCAUAUUUGAGAUUAAUUCCUGAAGCAGUAAUUGUUAAUGAUAAUGAUUGAUGAGUUGGGAGGGGGGUUUGAUGUAGAAUUAUUGUGAAACUGUGAGUUUGUCUCAGGAUCAGGCGAGGAGGAAGAUGAUAUUGAAAUAGAUCUGAAUUCACCGUCCUGUAAACAUAGACAUACUGUAAAACUUCAAGGGCGCCAUUUGCCACCUGAAACACUUUGUUGUAAAUUGGGCUAUUUAUAUUUGUAUGUAAUAAAAAGAAAAUGUCAGAA